AGGCAUUACAAGUUUAUAUAGUUGAAGUUCUCCUAGUUAUAAAAAAGUACAUUUCAGAAGCCGAAGGUAUUAUGGGCCAUAACCGCGCUGACGAGGAGAACUGUGGCAUAUUGCCAGAUGCGUUGACGCCUCUGUGUUCCCCACAUCGUGCCACACCUAGCAAGGCGUUUUACUAUGACAGCACGCUUAAGGAGGUUGAAGAUCUGCAAGAAAAAUUACGAGCUUCAUUACGCGAAAACGCUUUUCUCAAAAGCGAACACAGCAAGCAACAAAGCGAGAUUGCGGCUUUAAAGCGAGAAGCGCAUUUGCAGCAGAAAAGGCAUGACUGGGAAGUGGAGUCCUUGCGUAAGAGCUUGUCGGAGGUGAGAAUGGAGUUGGCAAGUGUGGAAGAAAAGUUGGCAAAAAUUUUUUUCGAUUGGCGCAAUCUUGUAUUCUAUCAUUCUUGCCCAAGUAUCAUUAAUCUGCAUCAACAAGUUGGGGAGAUAUGACGAAUAAAAAUGUUCUCUCUGCUAGAGGCGUGUACUUUAUCUUUAAAAAUAAUAAUAUUAAUAGAGUUUCCCCCAGGGAUCACAUUAAUCUGCUGUAAAAACUUCAUAAACAUCGGUUUAGUACUUUGGACGCCUAUAAAAGACACACACACACGUACAUAUAUGUAUAUGCAUUCAUUUUUAUACCCGAGCGCACUUGUGCACAAGGGUAUUAUA